UCGCAGCUGAGUGGUAAUCUUCCCUCCGUGUAGACAUGCUUCAUUGAACGCUCUUUGCAACUCUGUCGUUUCGGGACAUUCUUCUUGCGAGGACUUCCGUGAGCUCUGAAGCAGACCGCUCCGUUGCGCAGCGCGUAACGCAUCAUGGACGCCAAAGAAGAAUAUCCGUCCACGGAGAAGGGUUCCGAGCCGGAGAUGGGGAGUGUAACGAACCCAGAUGUCGCUCAUGGCCAGGUCGACCGCAGAACGAGUAUAGUAUCGAAGAUUGGCGAGGUGAUCAAUGCCUCGGGACACAAAGAUCAACUCCAACGACAGUAUGGCCUGCUCUCAAUAUGUGGUCUCGCCUUGACCAUUGACAACGCCUGGGUGGCUUUCGGAGGGUCGCUCUCUGUCGCCGUUUUGAACGGUGGACCGGCUGGCAUACUUUACGAGUUCAUCGUAGCUUGCUUCUAUUACGCCUUCAUCGGAGCAUCGAUCGCAGAGCUCGCGUCUGCGAUUCCUUCCUCCGGCGGCGUGUAUCACUGGGCGUCGAUUACGCCGGGUCCGAAGUAUGGCAGAGUCCUUGGCUUCUUCACAGGCGGCCUGAACUUCUUCGGCUGGAUUUUCGACGUCGCCUCCAUCGCAUCAAUUCCGGCAAACAUCUGCGUACAGAUGUACGCUCUCUUCCAUCCCGACUUUAUCAUCCAGCCAUGGCAUUCCUACGUCGCGUUCGUACUAAUCACUUGGCUUUGCGCGGCUUUCGUCAUCUUCUGCAACAGACUCUUACCGUAUCUGCAGCAUGUUGGCCUCUUCCUGGUCGUUGUUGGAGGUGUGGUCACGAUUAUCGUGUGUGCUGCUAUGCCCAAGCAACAUGCUCCGAAUUCAUUCGUCUGGGGAAGCUUUGCGGAGAACAACCUUACCGGCUGGAGCGGCGGAAUAGCAUUCUUGACUGGUGUGCUCAACGGCGCGUUUACUAUUGGCACACCUGACGCCGUCACGCAUAUGGCCGAAGAGCUGCCAAACCCGAAGAGUGACCUGCCGAAGGCUGUGUUUGCGCAAGUCGGGCUGGGCUUCUUAACGACAUUCUGUUACGGCAUCGCAAUCUUUUAUGGCAUCAAUGACCUUGGUGCUGUUGUGAGCAACCCUGGUUCUUUCCCACUGGCGACAGUGUAUCAGCAAAAUACCGGCAGUGCGGGCGGCGCGUUUGGCUUGCUUCUCAUCGUUCUGUUGAGUGUUCUCAUCUGCACUAUCGGCACGCUAUUGAUGGUUGGUCGUCUCUGGUGGGCUCUGGCUCGUGAUCAAGCAACACCAUUUGCCAGCUUCUUCGCUCAGGUCAAUCUGAAGCUCUCAUGCCCGGUACAGUCGACAGUCUUCUGCGCCAUACUGACCACCGGCUUCGGUGCCAUUCAAUUGGGCUCCAAAACUGCGUUCACCGAUCUUGUUGGAUCUUUCAUCAUCCUCACGACAAUAAGCUAUUUCAUGGCGUUCUUCCCACAUCUCCUCACAGGGAGGAAGAACGUGCAACCCGGGCCAUUUUGGAUGGGCAAAUACGGGUUCGCAGUCAACGGCAUUGCCUGCCUGUUGAUUGUCAUGUUCAACAUUUUCUUCUGCUUCCCUUAUGCAUACCCGGUUGACCCUAUCAGCCUGAUGAACUGGAACUCUGUGAUCCUGGUCGGCUGUGUAAUUCUAACAGCAUUCUGGUGGUUUGUGCAUGGCUUGCGAAAGUAUCCAGGGCCAAAGCUGGCAAGUCUGUAUGAAGACAUGUAGAAUAGCUCGAGUGAAGACUCGGGAUCAAUGUUGAAAUAAGGUAUACACUCUGCGCUACUUCUACCCACCGACGAGACUACGUCGCGUGUCGUUGACACACUGAUGGCUUUCUCUCUCGUACACAUUAGGUAAUGCAUACUGCUUACCGCAACCACGUGCGCUUGGGGGGUGAGGAAUGAGUCUAUUCGGCUAUGCUACCCUAUCUACAUAGUCGAGUCCGACAUCGACCAACGUCAACAAUGGAGGUCGCUGCACGAGUACAAGUUGAUAUCCGGAAGGCUGCAGCUUUCCAAUCUUUAGGGAAGACCUCGGCAAUCGCCAUGUCGAGAUAGACCUGGAAGCUACAGUGUUCCGAGUUCCCUCCUUCCUCCACUGUUGUACUUCUUUAGCCCAAUGACUACACCACUAUCUUCAGGCACCGACGUAUUCACUUCAAGGUAAUCAAUGGUACAAUCUUGUCCUGCAACCAACGUCAUGCUCGCCUCCC